AGCUCGCCACGUAGUUUCCCUUUCUCCAACAGCGCUGGGGCGGUUAGCAAUGGCGCACAGGGUGCUGGAGCUGACGCUGGUGUCGGGUCAGAACCUGAAGGAUGUCAACGUGUUCAGCCGCAUGGAGGUGUACGCCAUCACGUCCGUGUUCGGCGACCCUCGCACGCGGCGGUGCAGCCAGGUCGACCGCGACGGCGCCCGGCACCCGAGGUGGGACGAAACGUUCAUGUUCACCGUCCCGCCCACGGCCGCCAAGGCCGCCGCCGCGGGCGCCUACCUCCACGUGCUCCUCCGCACGGAGCGCCUCUUCGGCUUCGACGACCGCGACGUCGGCGAGGUGUUCAUCCCUAUCGCCGACCUGCUGGCCUGCGCCUGCGUCGGCGGCCCGCCGCGGUGCGAGUCGUACCCGGUCCGGAAGGUGCACUGCACCGAGCACCGGGGCAUGCUCACCGUGGCGUACCGCUUCGGCCCCGUGAUGGUGCCGCUGCCUCAUCAUCAGGACGAAGGGUCGUGCUCGGACGACUCCACGGUGGUGGGGUGCGAGCUGCCGCCGUGGCAGUACUGUCCUCCAACGUACGUAUACGCGCCGGAGGCGGCGGUGCCGCGCUACCCUCAGGCGUGUGCUCGCAUGCCGCCGGCGCCCAAGCCAGCUGCCGGCUGUGGCACGGCCGCUGCGUCGCCAGCGCAGAAGAAGUAUUACGUAAGGAACGGCAGCUUCGCGCUGGGGCUCGGGACGGGGCUGCUCAGCGGAGGCUUCGGGGGGAUGGUGUUCGGCGACAUGCCGCCGUCGGACAAGGCGGCUCAUGACUCCGGGUACAAGCCCACGGCCGCCGACGGCGCAGGAGUUGCCUUCUGAAAACUUCCCAUAUUCAUCAGGAUAUAUAACUAAAUAAGCACGUCAAACUUGAAUAAAAACUUGACAUAUUCAUCAAGAUCGUGAGAUGCACACGGUCCAGUUAGGGUACAUUCCGCCACUCCUGUAGUCUACUUGUCUCUAUUGUGUUGUCACUUUUUUUUUGACGGGUCUAUUGUGUUGUCACUUUGCGCGCUGUUCAUUGCAGUGUAGUACUUGCUUA